GCCGAGGUGAAGCGGCGACUUGAAAAGGAGUACCGCGAAGAAGCAGAGCAUCGUUUUACUCAACGACAGCUCGAUGAUAUGAGAAAGCGCGAAUCCGAGAUGGCAGUGGAGAAGCGCAUCACGAAGGAGAUUGAGUAUAAGCGCCUUAAGGAGGACGAGGAUGCUGCAGAAGCUGCUGAAGAAAAACGGCGGCUUGAAAAGGAAUUCCGCGAAGAUGCAGAGCAUCGCUAUACUCAGCGACAGCUUGAAGACAUUAAAAAGCGUGAAUCUGAGAUGGCGGUGGAGAAGCGUAUUACAAAGGAGAUUGAGUAUAGGCGCCUCAAAGAGGAGGAAGAUGCUGCCGAUGCUGCCGAUGAAAGAAGGCGGCUUGAAAGAGAGUUCCGUGACGAAGCUGAGCUUCGCUAUGCACAGCGACAACUCGAUAUUAUCAGGAAGCGCGAUGCCGAGGCCGAGAACGAGAAGCGUAUGCUGAGGGAGCUUGAGUUCAAGCGCCUCAAAGAGGAGGAGCAUGCUGCUGAGGAGGCGCGCAAGGCUGCCGAAGAGAAGCGCCGGCGCGAUAAAGAAUAUCGUGACGAGAUGGAGCUUCGCCAGGCGCACCAGCAGCUUGAGGGCAUCAAGAAGCGUGAGGCAGAAGCCGACAUGGAGAAGCGCAUUAAGAAGGAGCUCGAGCUCAAGCGCCUCAAGGAAGAGGAAGAAGCUCUAGAGGAGAAGCGCCGGCGUGAGAGGGAGGCUCACGAAGCCGUCGAGAAAUACAAGAAGGCUGAAGCUGACCGCAUUGCCCGCGAGAAGGAGGAGAAGGAGAAAAUGGACAAGGAGUAUAGACGCCGCCUGCACGACGAUCUCCUCAAAUCGGGCCUUGACGAGCAUGCCAUUGAGGCCAUCCUCAGCAACAAGAAGGUGCAGCAGCAUGCUCCUCCUGUGGCUCCUCAUCCCCCUAUUUCACCUCAUGCUCCAGCUGGGCCACCGAUUCUCGCUCUCCCGGCGCCAGAGCAUCCUGUGGAACGCCCGACUUACACUCGAAUGGCGCGUAGGUACCUCUCGAUUGAGACGUUGCGAACAUUUCAAAUCGAAUACGAAUAUGAUAAUGAUCCCGAUUUUAUUUUGAUUAAGCGAUGGGUUCCCGAGUGGGAGCAAGACCAGUUCUGGCAACACACCAAGUUCAUUCGGGAGAAGCGGACCAAGACUCUCAUGGUUGAGGAGAAGAAGCAUCACCACUCCGACCCUGACUUUGAGUGGGUUCGCAAGAAGCACAGCAGCAAGCACGAUCGAAAGAGGAGCAAGUCGCCGGCGCUGCUCAUGUAUUUGGCGGGUGCUCGCCCGUCUUAAUGACUCACGACAUGAUACCAUGUAUUGCGAAUGUGCAGGCCAAAUUAUCUGUUUUAUGUAGUCCGUAUACUCUACUGCUAUUUAUUGAUUGAUUGAUUUGAGGCU